AUGCAUCACCACGUCAACUAUCUUCGAGAAUGCGAGAGGGUAGAAGCUACUACUGCUGUUGCUCCCGAGUUAGCAGCAGAUCGCCAAAAACUGCAUUCUCGGAUUCAAGAGAGGCUAUAUAUUGCCAACAAGGAAAUAAGAGCUAUAAAAGUACGGGCCUCGACUUUAAGUGAAAGACUGGACAACGAGAUUGAUCUUUACAAUCAUCAACUGUCUAUUGCCAUUGCCGAAAGCACCCGUCGUGAUAACGCGACAAUGCAGGCUAUGACGCUGAUCGGCGUGUUAUACCUACCAGGGACAUUCAUUUCUGGGAUCUUUGGUAGCAACUUUUUCGACUACAGUCCCGGCAGUAACGGUCCUGACUGGAACAUGUCUAGCAAAUUUUGGGUAUAUUGGGCAGUAACGAUCCCGCUUACAAUAUUGACAUUUCUGAGUUGGGCUGUACCAGGCUACAUGGUCAAGCUAUGGAAGCAGGCGGUGAUAAGAAUUAAGUCACCAAAUAUCUGGGCUAGAAUUUCGCCCACCAUGUCUUCUUCGAGGAAAGCAAGUGAUCAUACAGAGGAAAAGAUACCUCAAGUGUGA